AUGUCUUCCUCUCGUCCGCCCAACCCGACCCAAAUCCCCAACAAUCUGCCUGGCCUGACCACUCACAUCACCGGUCACGAUGGCAACACCGGCAAAGCCAUCGUUCAGGACAGCAGACCCGGCAAUUGGACUGUCUUUGACGACAAGCUCAUGGGCUUCAACGUGGUGUACACAACCUCAGAGUUUCCCCCAGACCUCAACAACGACCGUGACCUCAAGACGCACGACGAAGUCGUCGCCAGCGGCAAACUCGGGCUCGUCAACACCAACGGCACAGUCUGCCGGGUUGUCGACAUGGCGCCGGGCUACGAAUGUAUCAUGCACCGAACUCAGAGUCUCGACUACGGCAUUGUCCUUGAGGGGACGAUCGAGAUGAUCCUGGACAGCGGCGAGAGAAGAUUGAUGCAAAGAGGAGAUGUCGCUGUGCAGAGAGCCACGAUGCACGCCUGGAAGAAUACCAGCGAGACGGAGUGGUCACGCAUGAUCUUUGUGUUGCAGGACUGCAAGAGCUUGGAGGUCGGAGGCAAGGCGUUGAAGGAAGACUUGGGCAAGGGUGUCGAAGGAUUGCCACCAAGUGGCAAUGACUCCUAG